CGCAUUCCUCAUACGCAUGAUCGCAAAUUUGGAAACGUAUUUACUCACAUUUGUAGAGUAAUUCAAAUCAAUUGGUGCUCUGGAGCUAUUGAAUGGAGAGUGGAGGAGGAGGAGGGGGCCGCGAGAUUGAACGCUCCGAGGAGAAUGCAGUUUUCUCGCCGGGGCGGAGCAAGUAUAGGCAGGUGGUGGCGCAGGACCAUGAUCGGGCCGUGCUCGAGAUGUCGUCUAUUGAUCUCGGAUCUUCCUCUCUUUCCUAUCCCCCUCACGAUCUCAAUAAAAUUAAAGUUGGUGAGCAAGCAAAGGUGUCCUCCCAUGGAAGUGCAGGUUCUUUACCUAAUUAUGGAAGUGUCAAUGUAAAUGGAGCCCAGACAGAAUCAAAGUUAGAAUUAUUUGGCUUUGAUUCUCUUGUCAAUAUUCUAGGUCUUAAGAGUAUGGUAGGGGAUCAAAUGCCAAGCCCAUCACAUCUCCGUGAUGGUGAUGAUGCAACUAUUGAGCGCCAAAGGCCUGUUGCUGUCAAAUUAGGAACAAUGAUGGGAGUUUUUGUGCCAUGCUUGCAAAAUAUUAUGGGAAUCAUCUACUAUAUACGAUUUUCCUGGAUUGUUGGAAUGGCCGGUAUUUUUCAGUCAUUGUUGCUAGUUGCCUUUUGUGGGUCUUGUACUUUCCUAACUACAAUAUCACUGAGUGCCAUUGCAACUAAUGGUGCAAUGAAGGGUGGUGGACCAUACUAUCUUAUUGGGCGUGCAUUGGGUCCAGAGGUUGGUGUUAGUAUUGGGCUGUGUUUUUUCCUGGGGAAUGCAAUAUCUGGAGCUAUGUAUGUACUGGGAGCUGUAGAGACCUUCUUGAAUGCUGUGCCAGAGGCAGGAAUUUUUAGAGAGACUGUCACAGAAGUUAAUGGUGCUACAGUUGCACCCAUCAUGAAACCAAGCUUAUAUGACUUGCAGAUAUAUGGGGUUGUUGUGACUAUUAUUCUGUGCUUCAUAGUAUUUGGUGGUGUCAAAAUGAUCAAUCGUGUUGCACCGGCUUUCCUUAUCCCUGUCUUAUUCUCAUUAUGCUGCAUAUUUCUUGGCUUAUUUUUGGCGAGGAAGGAUUAUCCAACAGUUGGAUUCACGGGGUUGAGUUUGGAAUCUUUUAAAGACAACUGGACCUCUGAUUACCAGAUGACGAAUGAUGCUGGUAUUCCAGAUCCUAAGGGGGAUAUAUACUGGAGUUUCAAUUCAUUGGUAGGUCUAUUUUUCCCAGCUGUGACUGGGAUCAUGGCAGGCUCUAAUCGUUCAUCCUCACUAAAGGACACCCAGCGUUCUAUUCCCGUUGGAACCUUAGCUGCAAAUGUGACAACCACUACCUUAUAUGUUAUUACUGUGUUUUUCUUUGGAUCUGUGGCAACUCGACAGAAGCUUUUGACUGACAGGUUAUUAACAGCUUCAGUUGCUUGGCCUUUCCCGGCAGUUGUUUAUGCGGGCAUCAUUCUUUCCACCUUGGGUGCAGCUCUUCAGAGCUUAACUGGUGCUCCCCGCCUUCUUGCAGCUAUAGCAAAUGAUGACAUUCUUCCUGUUCUUAAUUACUUCAGGGUGGCGGAUGGGGGUGAGCCUAAUAUGGCUACACUCUUCACUGCCUGCAUUUGUAUUGGAUGUGUUAUUAUUGGGAAUCUGGACCUUAUCUCACCAACCACAACAAUGUUUUAUCUUCUAUGCUAUGCUGGUGUGAAUUUAUCCUGUUUUCUUCUGGACCUUUUAGAUGCUCCUAGCUGGCGUCCUCGGUGGAAAUUCCACCACUGGAGUCUUUCUCUUGUUGGAGCAUUACUUUGUAUAGUUACCAUGUUUUUAAUAUCAUGGACAUUCACUGUGGUGUCCUUGGGCCUAGCAGCUCUCAUCUAUUACUAUGUCUGCCUCAAGGGAAAAGCUGGGGACUGGGGUGAUGGUUUCAAGAGUGCAUAUUUUCAGCUUGCUCUGCGUAGCCUACGCUCUCUCGGAGCAACACAGGUGCACCCAAAGAACUGGUACCCUAUACCCCUCAUAUUCUGUCGGCCUUGGGGCACGCUACCGGAGAAUGUACCUUGUCAUCCUAAGCUUGCUGACUUCGCCAACUGCAUGAAGAAAAAAGGAAGGGGAAUGUCCAUUUUUGUUUCAAUCAUGGACGGCGAUUACCAUGAAUGUGCCGAGGAUGCGAAGGCCGCUUGUAAGCAGCUAAGUACAUAUAUCGACUACAAGAGCUGCGAAGGCGUAGCAGAAAUUGUUGUGGCCCCAAACAUGUCAGAAGGGUUUAGAGGCAUCGUCCAGUUGAUGGGGCUUGGAAAUCUGAAGCCAAACAUAAUCGUGAUACGCUACCCAGAAAUUUGGCGUAGCGAGAAUCUAACCGAAAUCCCAGCCACCUUUGCUGGUAUAAUAAACGACUGCAUUGUUGCGAACAAAGCAGUGGUGAUUGUGAAAGGACUAGACGAGUGGCCUAACGAGUAUCAGAGACAGUACGGCACCAUUGAUUUGUACUGGAUCGUCAGAGACGGGGGGCUUAUGCUCCUCCUUUCCCAGCUCCUCCUCACCAAAGAGAGCUUCGAGGGGUGCAAGAUUCAGGUCUUCUGCAUCGCGGAGAAAGAUUCGGAUGCGGAGGAACUGAAGGCGGAUGUGAGAAAAUUCCUUUACGAUCUCCGGAUGCAAGCUGAGGUGAUUGUGAUUUCAUUGAAGUCAUGGGAGGAAGUCCCGGCAGGGGAGCAUCGAGAAUCGCAGGAGGCAUUCACGGCUGCCCAGCAGAGAAUUGCUAGCUACUUGGCGGAGAUGAAGGUGAAGGCUGGUGGGAAACAAGGGAGUCCUUUAAUGGCUGAUGGAAAGGCUGUGGUUAUGAAUGAGCAACAAGUGCAGAAGUUCCUAUACACAGCCUUGAAGCUUAACUCCACAAUUCUCAACUAUUCCAGAAUGGCUGCGGUUGUGCUUCUAAGCCUACCGCCUCCUCCUCUCAACCACCCUGCUUACUUUUACAUGGAGUAUAUGGACCUGUUGGUGGAAAAUGUGCCUAGGUUGUUGAUAGUCCGGGGGUAUCGUAGAGAUGUUGUUACAUUGUUUUCCUAGUUGCUCACUUGCUCAUUCAUCAUUUUUUUUUUAUAUGCUGCGGGCGUUUUCUUAGUACCUACCCCUUUUAGUCUUGGUUCAAAUUUUCCUUUUUGUUUUGGGGGUAUAAAAUUGUAUACUAUAUAUCAUUCAUUCUUUUUAGUGCUU